GGGGUGCAGAAUUUCAGCAAGAGGGUGUGCACAGAGCAAAAGGGAGAUCUCGAACCCGUAGCCAGGAGUCAGCAGCCGGCAAUCUCCGCUUUAAGGCGGCCCCCUUCGUCCUCCUCCAGUCCCACUCGGGAGCCCUCAAAUUCAGCAUCCCGCAGUCCGCCCACCUCUGCGCUCACAAACGGGGGCCCUCAGAGAAGCGGAAGCGUCCGCCACCGCCGCUUCUUAAAGACCGCGGACAUCCUGCGGCAGUCUGGCCUGCUGGACAUCACUCUGCGCACCAAAGAGCUUCUGCGCCAGAGCAACGCCACCGAGCGGGAGAUAGCCGAGCUGCGCUGGCAUACCGAGCUGCUCUGCCAGGCCGCCUGCAGUAGCCCAAAUGGCACCACAACCUGGCAGAGGGUGCAUAGAACCAUGGCCGAUUCCAACCGCUACGCGGAUCUGCAGCAUUUGCGAUUGCCAGCUCAUUGGGAAUCAGCUGGCCGUUUGGAGAGUGCUGCAAAUGAGGCCUCGCAGAGGCGGGACCCAUCUGCCCGACUCUCGGAAACACAGAGACAGAACUGCGCGGGUGUAGAACCGCGCCGAGAGUUCUUGUCUCGUGAGACUUCCCCUGAAAAGGUCACCUUCGUGCCUCCUGAUAGUUCCACUGGUUAGUGUGAGGUGUCGUGCCUUAAGGUCGAGAGAGAACGGCACUCGGGUGUAAAGCUGUACCUGACAAUCAGGCGCUCCUUUCUGGAAAUCCAACUCGGUGACUCAA